AAAAAUUUCAGACACAAUAAAACUCCGAUGGGGAAAGAAAAUAUGUAGCAGGCGGAAGAAGCAGCCGCGGCCUGGAGCAGGAAUUGCAAACUUUAACCUGGGCGAACUUCUUUUCCUCCGCCUGCAGAAUCUGCAACUGGUAGAGACGCCGCCGGACAAGUUCAGCAAGUGAAGGGGACAUGGCACGUUUAACAAAACGGCGACAAGCAGAUACAAAGGCUAUCCAACACCUUUGGUCAGCUAUAGAAAUCAUCAGAAACCAGAAGCAAAUUGCUAACAUUGAUCGUAUUACAAAAUAUAUGUCCCGGGUUCACGGUAUGCAUCCCAAGGAGACCACACGUCAGCUUAGUUUAGCAGUGAAGGAUGGCCUUGUUGUCGAAACCUUGACUGUGGGAUGCAAAGGUUCAAAAGCUGGUAUUGAGCAAGAAGGAUACUGGCUGCCCGGGGAUGAGAUUGACUGGGAGACAGAAACUCAUGACUGGUAUUGUUUUGAAUGCCAUUUGCCUGGAGAGGUGUUGAUAUGUGACCUGUGUUUUCGGGUGUAUCAUUCCAAGUGUUUAUCUGAUGAGUUCAGGCUUAGAGACAGCAGUAGUCACUGGCAAUGCCCAGUUUGCAGGAGCAUUAAGAAGAAGAACACCAGUAAGCAGGAGAUGAGCACCUAUUUGCGCUUCAUUGUCUCCCGGAUGAAGGAACGGGCUAUUGAUCUAAACAAAAAAGGCAAAGACAACAAACAUCCAAUGUAUCGUCGACUAGUACACACAGCUGUUGAUGUUCCAACCAUACAAGAGAAAGUAAAUGAAGGAAAAUACAGAAGUUAUGAGGAAUUCAAAGCAGAUGCUCAACUGCUUCUACACAACACCGUGAUUUUUUAUGGAGUGGACAGUGAACAAGCUGAUAUAGCCAGGAUGCUUUACAAAGAUACCUGCCAUGAGCUGGAUGAACUUCAGCUUUGCAAGAACUGUUUCUAUCUAUCAAAUGCGCGUCCUGACAAUUGGUUCUGCUAUCCUUGUAUACCAAAUCAUGAACUGGUAUGGGCCAAAAUGAAAGGCUUUGGAUUCUGGCCUGCGAAAGUCAUGCAGAAAGAAGACAAUCAAGUUGACGUUCGCUUUUUUGGCCAUCACCACCAAAGGCCAAUCAACCACACUGGAUUGCCUUUGCAAGAUGAAAUUGGAGGUGGACAUGUUGUGGAGCUGCAACUGGAGGAAAAAGAUCUAACAAAUAAACAACAGGGCGCUUCUCUUUCUAGGGCCUGGAUUCCUUCUGAAAAUAUUCAGGAUAUCACCGUUAAUAUACACCGGCUACAUGUAAAACGUAGCAUGGGCUGGAAAAAAGCAUGUGAUGAGUUAGAGCUACAUCAGCGUUUCCUUCGGGAUGGCAGAUUUUGGAAAUCAAAAAAUGAGGAUAAAGGAGAGGAAGAAGCAGAAUCAAGCAUUUCUUCUACCAGUAAUGAGCAACUAAAGGUUACUCAGGAGCCAAGAGCAAAGAAAGGAAGACGCAAUCAAAGUGUGGAACCUAAAAAGGAAGUAAGGAACAGCAUGGCAAUUAAAUACAUGCACUUGUGGGAGCCAGAGCCUGAAACAGAAGCAGUCAGUUCAAGUCAGGAAAUUCCCACAAUGCCUCAACCCAUUGAAAAAAUUUCAGUCUCAACCCAGACCAAGAAAUUAAGUGCCUCUUCCCCUAAAAUGCUGCAUCGAAGCACCCAGACAAUUAAUGAUGGUGUGUGUCAAAACAUGUGCCACGAAAAAUACACCAAAAUCUUCAGUGACUUAAAGGAUAGAAUCAAGGCUGAUCACAAGAGGGAAACUGAGAGAGUUGUGCGAGAAGCUAUUGAGAAGCUGCGCACAGAAAUGGAGGAGGAAAAAAGGCAGGCUGUGAACAAAGCAAUUGCAAAUAUGCAGACUGAGUGUGAACGAAAGACUAAGCAGGUGAAGGAGAAGUGCAAGGAGGAAUUUUUAGAAGAAGUCAAGAAGCUGGCCAGCCAGCACAAACAGCUGAUCUCUCAGACCAAGAAGAAACAAUGGUGUUACAACUGUGAAGAGGAGGCCAUGUAUCACUGCUGUUGGAACACUUCCUAUUGCUCCAUCAAGUGUCAGCAGGAGCACUGGCACGCUGAGCACAAACGUACCUGUCGUCGGAAAAGAUGAAAGCUUCCUCACCUCACCUGUUGCCCUGAUUCAGUGCUUUCCUCUAACACAGCAGGUGCUGGGGAUCUUCUCUAGUUUUUCAUGUUGGUUUCCAGGGGGGGGGGUCAGAAUUAAUGUGAAUUCACUCCCCAUUGUGAUUGAUUCUUAUUAUUAUUAUUGCACCAGCCUUGAAAACACUUUUUCGUAAAAAAAAAAAUUUUUUUUGCACAGUUAAAUUUCAGUCUUGUGUUUUGACACUCUGCUUCCAAUUGUCAUCACCUUGUGGCCCUCUUUCCCUUUUCUUUUUUGCUGGGAAGGUAAUUUGGAUCUCAGUUGGAGCACAUUACUUUUUGAUAAAUUUUAACUGAGGGGAAUUUGUUGCAUUUUCAGCAAAUUAUAUAAAAAAAGGAUUCAACAAAACAAAGAAAGGUGAUAGGAACAUUUUCAAGAGACCUGAAUGUAAUAAUAAAAUAGUUAUAUAAUAGAUGUUAAUCAUUUGAGCUGGUUUUCUUCAGCUUAAUUUACUGCUUGAAGGCAUUAUCUGUUGGCUUGGGUAUACAAUUGAAUUUUGGGAUCAGGGUUGACAGAGCAGGUGCUAGUCCUGCCACUUUUUAAUAUUCUUUUCCCAAUUGUGUUUGUUCCAUUGUUAUUUUUCUUCAUUAUUUAGCUUUUAUAAUGAAAAUAUUAGUUUUGAUUUUAUUGUUUCAAAAUCACCAGAGACUGGGUAGGCUGAGCCAGAUCUUAGGAGGGAAAAAAUAAUAUUUAAAUUUUAAAUUUUUGCACAUUUCAUCCUUCUAAUACAAAUACUUGUAAAAACAAAGCCAAAAACUGAAAAAAGAAAAACCAAGAACAGCUUGAUUUUACAUUUCAGCAUACAUGGAGUUCUAAGAGGCAUUAAAACAAAAGGCUUAAGAUUUGUCCUGUCCUUUUUGCCUCCUUCCAGCCCUUUCUCCCCCAUUUCUACCUUCCGAAAUACUAGUUGAUGAUUGAGCAGGGGGUUGGACUAGAUGACCUCCAAGGUCCCUUCCAACUUUAUCAUUAUUAUUAUUAUUAUUAUUAUUAUUAUUAUAAUCUGAUUUAUGCACUCAAAUAGAAAAUUAAGUCCAAGGGAUGGGGAAGCACUUAAGUUUCACAAAAGCAGUUAUGUCUGUAAUAUUUGGUUAUUGCCAUUUUUAUGCUAGAAUGAAGAAUAAUGCAUGUUAAUUUUCCUGUAUUAAAGAUGCUGUGAUUUGUAAAAA